CCGGACUCUGAGCCGGGCGGAGCGUUUAUACGUUUGGAGGACAGGCUGGCGUCCUUGCAAAAAAAGCGAGACGGGCGCAGUGGAGUGGAGGUUCUUUUCCUUUAGGGAUGUGUGACUGUGAAAGGUAAGCAGGAUUGCAGCGGGCGCCUCUCAGAAAAUGAGACCGCCCUUGCAGAAGUAUCUGUCGCCGGAGGCGGCAAAGGGUAAACGGUUGAGCUAGGCCCUGCUAGGGUAUAACAACAGAAAUAACGAGUCUUUGAGCGCACGCAAAGUGCCCCUGUUUAGGGAAGUAGAUCUCUUACGUGAUGAAGCAAGGCUUGCCCAAACACCCAGAAUAUUUCAGGGCCUGGAGUCAGCCUGGCACAUUUAAAAUAAUUAGAAAGUGCAUUUGAGAAGGGGCAGAAUCCACAGAAUCUUAGCCAACUGAGUGGGCAGGGGGACACGAGGGACAGAUUUUUUCUUUUCUUAUUGUGACUAUUAUACAUGGGUGUAGUGAAGUGGGGACAGGGAGGGGCAGCUGGCCCCCCCAUAAAUAAAAAUCAAUAAAAAUACAUAGCAAACUGUGGUCCUUCCCCCCCCCCCCAAAUAAUGGCUACGCUCAGGCUGUUAUAUUUGGAGAUGUUCUAGUUCUGACUACUUGCCUUGUUUAGGAUCUGUGACUGAAAACUGAUGCCAGGUAUCUGAGCUGGACAGCCAUAAAACAGGGAGUCCCAAGCUUUCACCCAUGUUCCUGCACUUACAAUCUACCAGUGAUUAUUACAGUCUGGUUUGCUAAGCUAUGAUGUGAAUAAGCAAGUGUGCUGGUGCAGUGAGAAAAUCGUGCCUGCCUUGCUCCUCCUGUUCCUUUUGUGCCAUGGCUUUGUGUAACGUUUGAACCUGGGAUGAUGAUUUGUCUCGCUUCAAGCAAACCAUGAACUGUAACCAAUGUGUUUUUUGCCAGCUGCUCAUGGAUCGUUUGAGGGAAACACCACAAGCCUGGGUUCGGAUGUCAUGCUAAGCCACACCGUGUCUUAGGUAGUAUGUUGGGGAAGUAGCUAAGUGGCCAGGAUUUUCUCACUGUGGACUGCAUCCUUGCUAGUUCAUGCUAAACUAUAGCUUGGCUUAGUAUUAUGUGUGAAUGAGGCUAAUGCAUUGUGAAAGUACAAAGAAUGGGCUUGACAGCUGUAUUGAGAAUUUCUGGUAGCAAAAGAAGCUGAAUGGGAAGGAAAUGUAUGAGUUUUACCCACAGAUCUUUGUUUUAUUUUUCUCCCCAAGCUGAGAAGCAAGCAGCUAUAUUGAAGUGAAUAAAUUGUGUCUGUUGCAGCAAAGGUCUAGCUGCCCUACUCAGAGCUCAUUGUCCUGCAGAAGAUUGUCCUGCAGAAGUAUAAUUGUUGAGAGGGGGAAAUGACUUCUUCAAAGCCUUUGGCCAGGUUCUGGGAGUGGGGCAAGAACAUAAUCUGUGUGGGGAGGAAUUAUGCAGAGCAUGCCAAAGAGCUGAAGAACACCCUCCCAACUGAGCCACUCUUCUUUUUCAAGCCAUCAUCUGCCUAUGUCAGGGAAGGCUCUCCCAUCAUCCAGCCCUACUACUGUAAUAAGCUGCACCAUGAAGUGGAACUUGGGGUGGUGAUCGGGAAGAGAGCCCAGGCAGUUUCCCAGAAAACAGCAAUGGACCAUGUGGCAGGCUAUGCCCUCUGCUUGGACAUGACAGCCAGGGAUACCCAAGAAGAAUGCAAGAAGAAAGGGCUUCCUUGGACAAUGGCCAAAGGGUUCAAUACCUCCUGUCCAGUCAGUGACUUUGUGCCCAAAGAGAAAGUCCCAGAUCCACACCAGUUGAAGAUCUGGCUAAAGGUAAAUGGGGAGAUGCGGCAAGAAGGAGAUACAUCAGACAUGAUCUUCUCUAUCCCCUACAUCAUCAGCUACAUCAGUGGAAUUGUCACGCUGGAAGAAGGGGAUGUUAUCCUAACAGGAACUCCAAAAGGGGUUUCUGCUUUGCAAGAGAAUGAUGAAAUAGAAGCUGGGAUCCAGGGGGUGCUGAGCAUGCGGUUUCAAGUAGUUCGGCAGAAAUGCCGGCCUUGAUAGGGGAUGUUUCCUUUUACCUUAAGAACAGAUUCAAAUUGUAGAGCAAAGGGACACUAAACCAUUCCUUUCCUGUGGGACAGGGGAGACUGGGAGCUUAGAUUCUCCUUAUAUAGCAACCAAGUAAAAUUGGCUUUCCCCUCAUUCAGGUUCUAGCUUCUUCCACAUUGACAGACAGAGUGAGAGAAGGGCUGAGAGCCCAUCUUGUUGGGCAUUUGAUAUAUGCACAGUGUUCAGGCAUCACACUAAGCCCUAGCAUAAGAAGGACAAGUCACAACAAGCCUCAGGUUUGUACACUCUUUGCUCUCCUCUUUGGUUCUGGUGCAGCAGCAAGUAGUUCACUUUCAGUUUAGGUUAACUGCAGCUUGCUGUCAUCCAGACCCCCCAAAACUGGUUAAUCUUAACUAUGGUUUGUUGAACAAAGCACACUCCAAACCAUAGGUUAUGAAGCUGUUUUUUAAAAAACAAACAAUAGUUAACAUUAACGUGGUUCAGAGAACACACUAAACUAUGGUUUGAAAGUGAAAGCUUCCAAAUUAUUGAGGGAUGUGCCGUAGGAAGAGGAGGAAACAUGCAAGCUUAUACUCACUGUGGCUUAUACUUGUCAUCAUAAACCAUUGUGUGGCCUUUCUGAAAAGCGCAGCCAAAGAAUGUAAGAAUUAUUCUUUUCUACCAGACUAGACUGCUUUUAUAGAGUUCAACAGGGAAAAUUAUAUUAAAAUAUACACAUACAAAAUGGAAAUAUGGUGAAAUUUAGAAUAUAUUUUGUAAUGAAGUCUGAUGCAACUGUAUACUAAGGUGUAAAUAAAACAAAACUUCUAUCUACUUGCCUCAAUAAAUUUCAGACACCCUGUAUCAUGUGACUGUUGUCUGUGAAAUAAAAAAACUUGGCAUUUAUAGUGUUCAAUGUACUUAAUCUUAUUUUGUCUGAAAUCCCACAGAACACAGUUCCUGCUUUUCAUAUAAUAUAAAAUUGAAAGAAAUAGGCUCACAGAAAAAAACAUAAAUUUCAUAAGUAUAUUUUUACUCAAAUAUGUUAUACAUGGAAUGAAAACUUUGUUUUAAAAAGAAUGUAGAUCGUAUAUCUAGGUCUCUUGAGUCAGACUAAGGCUGCCUUUGCCAGCCUUGUAAAUCCACCAUGUUUUGGACUAGGUCUCAUCAGUUCCAACUGUUGGGAGCUGGACACCAAUUUGGUGACGGAUGGACUAAGGUAAACUCUUCCUUAAAUGAUAGUACACAGUUUUAAAACAUGAAUGAUAAAGCACACUUUCUAGCAUCUUUGCAAUGAGAAUGCAACGCCCCCCCCAAUGUAAAUUCACCAUAUUACAACAACUUAGACUCCUUCCAGCUGUUCUGAAGCUGGGCAAGGUAGGUCUUUUCCAGGCAGAUUUUGACUGGCCUCCACAGGAUCUGCUAGUUUGCAAGAAAGCAAACUAACUCUCAGUCCGGUUCGUGAAUUGGGCGAAAUAAUAACCUAUUGAAGUAAAUUAGAUUUUUUUAAAAAAAAAAUACUUCUCCAAAAAAUACAGUUUGCAAGAAGAUAAUGCAACUUUAUAUAAAUUUAGAACUACAUAUUAUGUUGUGCAGUGGCAGUUUGAAGGAGAAGAUGGGCAGGAGAGGGCUAUUAGUCCUUCUGACCUUGUUUUCUCACAGAAAAUCUUCGCGCGCGCACGCGCGCGCACACACACACACACACACACUAGCUACUUUUAACUUCAUCCACUUGGAUGAGCAGUUACAUGCAGAAAUCUGUUAUCUACCAGAAAAUGUACAAGCUGACAAUUCCCCCACCUGCCCCUCCAAAGUUGGUUGGUGUUGCCUCCUGCACAACUUGCUGGAUAAACUGAUCUAUAUUAUUGGCAAUCAUAGAAAACGCCUUUUUCAAAUCUCAGUUCUUGAUUCACUAAAAGAAACUUUGAUAAUUCCACCAGAAGAUGUUAAUAGGGUGAGGGUUGUCAUGGAGAAUGGUGCUCAUUUAGGUGUGUAUUUCCUUAUUUCUGUACUUACUUUAAAAUAAAUUUUGCUUCGUUCUAGAAGAAGGUGCCAUUUUAGGGCUGUUUUUUGAGCCUCUGUCAGAGUCUGGAACUCCUGGACCUAAUGGAGUGACCACAACUUAAUUGAUAUGCAAUGCACACAAGCAUGAAGUGAAGCAUGAGUCAAAAGGAAGAUGAGUGUUUUCAGAAGUGCAUACAUACAGUAGGUUCACAGCAAAACCAAGCAAGCCUUGAAGGGUCUUGAAAGAUCAGUAAAUUUAUUGUAGCAUAACUUUUUGGGGGCUAGAGUCUAUUUCAUCAGAUGCAGUACUGGUGCAAUGCAUUAAACCUCAGGCUCUCGAUUGGUUCUAAACACAACCUGAACCAUAAACCUGAGUAGAAGAGAUCAAUUUCUAAUACAUUCUUACCGUGCAGCCUAAAGCUUCUUCAGCCACUGUGUCUGAAAGAUUGCAAGAAUGGAGAGUGCCUGUGUGGUCUGUCAGAUCAACUAGUACAUCAAAGCUGGCAAAGAGUAGUGUGGCAUCUGAGGAGGAGACAAAGCUGCUACAGAAGGAGCAUGAGUUUGUUCUUUCAUUGACCACAUAGUGGCACUUGCUACUGCAGAAAAGAAAAGAGGGCAAGAUUUUAAAUGAAUGAACGUGUGUUUAGUUAUUACGCAUCUAACAUACCUAUUCAUUAUAUCUGAUGAAAUUGUCACAUUGUUUUUAUAUGCUUUUUGUUUAUGAGUGUACAAUAAUAGAAUGUAUAAUAUAGAAUAGACAUGCUAUCUUGGCUCAAAGGCAAGAAAGAAGGAUGACUGAAGAGCAAAGAAUCUUUGGACAUGCAAGUUAGAUAAGGUUAGAGUACUUCAGAAAAGGCUUUGAUGCUGAGUUAGGAGGAAAAAGUGGUUUGAGGAAUAGAGAGAUUGACGUUUUUCAAGCUGAUUUGGAAUGGGAGUGAGGAGCAGGAUAAAUGUCCAGGACACUUAAUGAGGUGCUUACCAUCUGUUUCGUAUUAUUUUAGUUGUCUCAUUAUCAAUAUUCAGCGUAGAAAUGUAGGCAAAAAUAAUGCCAUAGAAAGGUUCCAAUUUUCCCUCAUUUUGCAAAGCUUUAAUCUUUAAUUGCUCCACUGUAUAAACAUCAACUAUUGCCUGUACUAAAGAUAACAGUAAAAGAAGUAAGAUUGUCUUUUAAAAAAGGGACUUGAUCUGAAGUUUAAAGACAGAAAAAAACUUCCCACUGACUAGUGGACUUUGGACUUCAAUAAAAUAUAGUUUACCAUAAGAAAAAAACAUUUAAAAUCAUAAUAUGUCAUUGGACAGAAAAGACUCUGUUAUUCAUUUGUAUUAUAACCAGAACAGUUAAACUUUAAUUAAUUUUUAUGAUUUCCCAGACUGAAGUCCACUCUUUAUUCUCUGAGCCAUGAUAGCUGAACACUUCCCUGUUUAUAGCAUACUUCCCAGUUAAUAGUUCUCAGAAUGGCACGCAGCAUCAAAUGGAUUGUACAUGAGAACUUUUAACAUACAUUUGCUUCUGAAGUAUGUGGCAAUAACUUUGAAUACAUGCUGUCCUUAAAAAAAUCCCAGUAAACAAAAAAGUUAGCCUGUGUUCUGAGAACUGUUUGCAUUUAGAAGGGUAAAUCCAGAAUUGAGGCCUUAAGCAAUAUAUAGCAGUCUAUCAGAUUAUUCAGAUACCUGAAUCUAGAACCAUGGAAGGCACCACGUUGAGCUGCAUGAAAUGGAAGUCCACCAGCCUUAGAAAAGCUCAUACCAAGAACAAACUUAGUUGGUCUCUAAGGUGCUACUGGACAAUUUUUAAAAAAAUUUCUAUCAGAUUAAAGGACUACUUGGUAAACACUCACCAUUUAUGGAAUCUCUGAAAUGAUCUCCCAUUUCAUCAUCCAAAUCUAACAUUUCUGCACUUUCUCUUAUAAAGUUGUGUAGACUGAUUGCUUCUGGUGUAUCUUGAAAAAAUAUUUUUCAAAGCAGUAUUAAUAAAGGUAAACUUGCAUAAUGCC